AUAAGAACAGGGAUAGCUAACAAUACAAUGUCAAGCAGUACUGGGGGAUCAUCCAACAGUUGUUCCCAGUUAGGACCAAGACGAAGGAAGAGACCACACCCUCAUGUUUACAGUGGCAUAGAUGGUACCUUUGAAGACAAGGAUAAUGAUUACAUUUGUCCAAUUUGUUUUGAUAUUAUUGACGAAGCCUACAUGACGCCAUGUGGCCACACGUUUUGUGGUGAGUGUAUCAAAAACUGUAUAGAACAAAACAAGAAAUGUCCGCGCUGCAAUUUUGUGAUCGAGAACGACGAACAGAUAUUCCCCAAUGUUAUGUUAAAUGAAUUAAUAUUAAAAUAUAAAAACAGACUGGAAGAAAAACAGUUACGGUUACAGAAUGGCUCAAACAGUACUCUAGAUUUUCACGACAUCUUGGAAGAUAACCUUGACCUUGCACAUGUUAACCAAUUUCUCGAGAUAUUAAUGAACAAAAAAUUUCAGUUGGAAGCUGACUGUAAACGGAUAGAAUUGUAUCUACUAAAAGAUUUUCUUCACCAAGUCCGACAGAAAAAACAAGAACUUCUUGAUCAAUUAAAUAAAGACUUAAAGAUUAUUGACGAUGAUAGCAUGAAAGUUGAAAAGGCCCUCUCAGAUAUCAAACAACAGCCAUGUUAUCAGAACAGCAAUUUUGAUUUAGCGAUACCAUCAACGAGUGAUUCAGGGAGUCAAGAAGGAUUCAAUGGAAGCAGAAAUAUCGAGAAACAUUAUCUUCAAACAACGAUGGCAUCCAGAAGGAAGAAAGUUAGCCAACACUUUGAAGAUUUAGAACAGUGUUAUUUUUCAUGCAGGCAGAAGGAAUCCAGCCAAGAUUUUCAAAGGAUUUAUAUUGAAUUUGAUCGUGACAGUGAUUAUUUUGCAAUAGCUGGAGUAACGAAAAAGAUAAAGGUCUUUGAAUAUGAGGCUGUAAUAAAAGAUGUGGUUGACAUACAUUACCCAGUCCAUGAAAUGGUCUGCAAUUCCAAGAUAAGCUGUGUUACCUGGAGUUCCUAUCACAAAAGUAUGUUGGCCAGUUCUGAUUACGAAGGUACCGUUACGCUUUGGGAUGCUUUUCAUGGAACAAAAACCAGGGUUUUCCAGGAACAUGAGAAAAGGUGCUGGAGUGUGGAUUUUAACCGGAUGGACCCCAAAUUGUUAGCGUCAGGUUCAGAUGAUUCAAAAGUCCGUCUAUGGUCAGUGAAUGUAGACCACUCUACGACCUGCCUAGAAACAAAAGCCAAUGUUUGCUGUGUGCGUUUCAAUCCUGGUAGUCGAUUCCACUUGGCAUAUGGCUCUGCUGAUCACUGUGUCCACUAUUACGAUCUCAGGAAUACAAAACAAGCAUUAUCUGUUUUUAGAGGACACAGAAAGGCCGUGUCUUAUGCCAAGUUCCUUAAUCCCGAAGAUUUAGUAUCAGCGUCAACAGAUAGCCAACUGAAAUUGUGGAAUGUCAAUAAAAUUAACUGCCUCCGUACAUUUAAGGGACACAUCAAUGAAAAGAACUUUGUCGGACUUGCUACUGAUGGCGACUAUGUGGCAUGUGGUAGGGAUUAUUAUUAUUUUAUGUUUGACUUUUGCUUUGCAUUUGUACAAGUUGGAUCCAAGUCUCACCCAGAGACCUCAAGAGACAACAAGUUAGAAGUUCAUGUAGGUGUUAUGCCUAGGGUACCAUAUAUUUGGAUUUGUACAUAGUGUUGUUCUAGAGUUAUUAUUAUUGUUAUUAUUAUUAUUAUUACUAUUAUUAUUAUUAUUGAUGGCGCCGAGCUGGCAGAAUCGUUAGUAUGUUGUGUUAAAUGAUUAGAGGUAUUUCAUCUGCCACUACAUUCUGAGUUCAAAUUCUGCCAAGGUCAACUUUGCCUUUCAUUCUUUCAGGGUCGAUUAAAUAAGUACCAGUUAUGCACUGUGAUCGAUGUAAUCAACUUAAUCGCUUCCCACAAAUUUGAGGCCUUGUGCUUCCACUAGAAAGGAUUAUUAUUAUUAUUAUUAUUAUUAUUAUUGAUGGUGCCGAUGUGGCAGAAUCGUUAGCACGUCGGGCGAAAUGAUUAGAGGUAUUUUGUCUGCCACUACGUUCUGAGUUCAAAUUCCACCAAGGUCAACUUUGCCUUUCAUCCUUUCAGGGUCG